ACAGUGAAGGGGCGCAUUGUUGUGUGGGAAAUGUAGUGUCAUGGGGUUACUGUAAAUAUGUCUUGAGACCCCAUGUGCACUGUAAUAAGCGAGCGACGUGUGCUAUUCGCUUCGAGAUUGGCUGAGAUCUCACUGAAAUAUUAGCGCUAUGCAUUGUUUACAGACAGGACGUGAGAAUCUGAUGCACGGUGGUCUAAUAAUAAUCUUCGGGGAGAUAGUUCCCGUGGGGUCGGUAGUUAAAGGUCACAGGAGCUCGCUCUCCGAGUAUUUUAUUACAUCCACACUGGGUGAAGAGAAGAGGACUUCACUUUAUAAUAAACAUGUUCCUAUAUUAGUUUUAACUGCACACAACGAGGGCGUUCUUCCUAGUUCCUAAACUUAUAUUUCCUCUCACCGUACAUCAAGAAAGCUCAGAGAGAAUGGAAUCGCAUGCACAUGGAUCAGGACCUGCCUUGUGGUUCUCAAGUGGUUUUAGUGAAGUAUCUAGACCUGUCAAGACCUUUCAUCUUCGAGACAUCUACAGCCCCAAACCAACCCCACAAAGGACCCCUGUGGCAAUACGGCCCCCCAGCCCAAAACCAGGUCCUCCCCAGGAGCCCGUGGUCCGGCGUAGGAAGUCGUGUGAGCCAGAACCAAAACCCAUCAUGAGGAGACGGGCUAAAUCCCUCUCGUCGUCCUCAGAAGAGCACGCCUGCAGGAACAUGCAGGUCCGCUUCGUAGAUUCGUUAGGACUGGAACUGGAAGAUGUGAAGUUCUUCAAGGCCAGCGAGGACCCAACGGUGCCGGUCCACGUCAUCACAAGACUGCUGGCGAGCUCUGAGCUGGCCUCCAGGAAGAAGCUGGAGCUCUCUCUACCCUACUUCCAGCCUUCCUUCCCUGACAAUAUGCAUGCCGAGGCUGGUUUCCUCAAGCGCUUGUGCCAGCAGCGAGUUUGCCUGGAGCAGGUGUUUUGCUCUGAGCUGGGAAUUAUUGGAACCGUGCAAGUGCUGAACUUGGCCUAUGAGAAAGAGGUUACGAUACGAUACUCGUUUACCGAGUGGAAGAGCAGUGCGGAGAGUAAAGCGAGCUGGAUCUCCACCGUGCACAGAGAUGGGCCAGAUCCGGAGUCGGACAUGUUUCGUUUUCACCUGCCUGUACCGCCGUUCAUCCUGCAACCAGGUGCCAUGCUUCAGUUCGCCUUCUGCUACCGGGUCAAAGGACUUGAGUACUGGGACAACAAUGGUGGACUUAAUUAUAAACUGACCUGCCAGACGUUCAAACUGACGGUCCCCAGAGAGUGUGAAGACAGCCUGGUGCAUUUCACUUGACGCUGCACUAGCCAUGUGUCAUGCCUACAGCUAGGCCGUGCAGUCUUCACGUCUCUUCCAGAGCAGCUCUUCUGCUGAAAAUUAUUUCUCUAAAGGUGUGAUGGAUUUUCUUGUGUAUUUCUAUGCUGGAAAACUUUUGGAGUAAUUCACUAAGGUUUUGUACUUUUUUUUUUCAGUUGUGCCUUGUUAACAUCUUAUCCAGCAGUGCCAUGUGGAAUGAGAUUAUUUCUGAAAUCAUUAGUCCUCUAAUGCACAAGCAGACUUUGCAACUUGCUUGUAUUAGUCCUAAUAAUGUAUUUUCAAUCACAUUUGUAUUCUUACUCAAUAAAUAAAGCAAAACAAGGUUAUGCUCCUGAUUUUUGCUUAUUCACAGGAGUGAACAUGAGUAAAUAUGAGUGCUAUCUUUCUUAUUCGCUUGCAUUAGCGCUCUUCUUGCCUCUGGCUGACCUCCUGCUAAUGGCAUCCGAGGAAGGCAAUCAAUGUGCAUCUGACUCAGUCCAGCUGUAAGGGCACAUGACAGAAAUUUGAGGUCAGGUCUAAAAAUAGCAUCUUUAAAUCAAUAACAAGACAACUAUAAGCAUGCCUUCACCUUUGACACACAGCCUGACAGUUGCAUUGCAUUUCUGAGAUUCUUCAGCCUUCACUAUUGCUAGAACUACACAAAAGUGUGCAGAGCGUACAGUCCUCACUUUUAAUGAGAUGUCAUUUUUUAAUCUGAUAAGUUGUUCUUUCUUUGUAUAACAAUAGAUACUUGUGAACUGUUGUUGAUAGUAACAGAAAACAUUUGUGAUUUUCUGUGAUUCUGUGAUUAAACACUAGAUGGUGCUGUGGAUCUUGAGCUGAGAGAGUAACUUUUGAUUAGGAGAAAAAAGGAUGCUCAAAACAUAUAUAUAUUAGAAAAUUGAAUCUAGGCCCUAAAUUAAGUAUCAUAAAACUGUUUGUACCCCUUUUCUUGCUUGUAGUUUCUUUUAAAAUGACUGUGUCUAUAUGAGAAAGUGUGGCAAUAAUUGCCAGCUAAUGUUCGUGGGAUAAACUAACCCUGGUUUGUUCAUAGUUUAUACCCUAUUGCACAUUCUCUUGACAAGGAUUUCUUACAACAUGAGGAAGAAAAUCCCUCAAUUUAGACUUUUCUCUGCCUUGUGUCAUGUUGUUUCUUAUAGAAAUGAAUCAAGACAUUAUUACGUAUGACAGAGUUUAUUAUAAAAACCUUAGGAUAAAAAGGCAGGACCUGGAGUUUGUGCACAAAGAAAAAUAAUGACUAGACUAGUGUCUUACAGCCCUUAUGAAAGG